AUGAAGCUCGCCGUCGACAGUGCUCUCCCCAGGCCAAGUCCGCCAGCCUGGGCAUCGUCUACUCCAUCACUGGAGCUGAAUAGUAGGCUGCCGUGGCAAAGGUCCAAACGAGCGAGUCUUACUUUUAAGAGAAAGUCAAAUACUCCUUUACGAAUUAGUGGGCCCUCUGAAUUCAGAACAGUCUCCAGCUUCGCAACUUCUCCCAGGGGAUUCCAUCCUGACAGUUUUAUUCUCCCUUCUCCUGGACAGUUUCGACCCCUUGAGUUGAGCUUCGAAGCCUCCGGCGAUAGAUUACCAGAUCUUCCUGAGUUUGAUACAUUUCAGGUAGAAGAAGAAUGCCCAGUACUUACACGGCCUCCGCGCACUCUGAGAACCUCCGCUGAUAUCUCCCGUAUAUCCCGCGCCAAAUCCCACCGACCUUCUUCUUUUCAAUUGGUGCGGAAACCUGUCGGCUCUGGAUCCCGGCGAUCCUCUCUAGCUACUAUGGAGCAGAUCAUGGAUAAAAGAGUUCCUUUCAGUAACCCCUUGGUCCCUCACUUUUCUGCCCAUUCACACGCAAAUAAUGAUCUGACUGCAAGUCAACAUCACUCUGGUUACACUAGUCUGGACUCAGUCAAUGGUUGUGAAUUGGUACUGUCGAAGCCGGAGCCUCCCAAAGAGCCACAAGCCAGCAGAGUCACUAUACCCCCUAGGACUCCUACCAACAUCAGCACCAACCUGCAGGACAGGCCAUUGCCCCCUAUCCCAGUGGAAGAUUCUCCUUCAUCAAGCACCACCCAACGACCCCCAUCAACACCGACGGACACCCGACCACCCACCACUCCUUCCGAGAGUCGUAACCCUAACCCAGCAACAACAACACCCACCCGAUCCGGCCGCGUCACCCAAUGGCUCUUCCAGUCAAGCAACAAGGCCUCCCCCUUCUCUUCCUCCGUAUCCCCUUGGAAGUCCACUUUCACCGACAAAAACCCCUUCCGCAUCCGCUCUCGUACCCUCAGUGGUUCAACUAUCACAUCAAGUCUGACGAGCCUAACAGGGGGCUUCAAGACUACCCCAUCUUUAUCCAGCAAUACUACAGCAAUCACCCCAGCUCGUUCACACCACAUUGAUCCCCGUCUGGAAAAGGAGUUGGACGGGCCUAUGUCCUUUUCUAGUCCCUAUAUAACUAAACAAGUUGAUGAGCCCACCAUCUACCCAACUAUCUUCGAAGGUCAACAGCAGCAUCAGCAUCCGCAGAACGGAUAUGAUGAACUCGAUCACAAUUACUACACGACGUAUCGUCGGUCCGCGGUCGGUUUGGCUUUCUAA